AUGAAUUAUCAUUUGUAUCUAAUUAUCAUUCUUUUCAAAGGAGUAAUUGGGAAUUUUGCAGCCAAUUCCCAACGAGUUUGUAGUCCAUCUAAAAAUGAACUCCCCUAUUCUGGCUAUAGAGUUGACUUGCAAGUUGUUAAUUUCCAAUCUAUUGAGUUUCAUUUGUACAUGUGUAAAGAUGGACGAGUUCUUGAAGAUAUUGUGGUUCCUACUAAUUCAUCCAAUUCUUUAGCCGAUAUACAUAUUCCAUGGACAACCGAAUUAUGCAACCGGGCUAAAACUAAUUGUGUUAAACUUGCAAGAAGGAAAACUUUUGCAUUGAGAAAUCUUCCUUUGUAUUUCCCCGGAACCUCUAUAGGAGCGUUGUUUUGGAAGAAUAAAGAUCAUCAACCUCCACUUCCCUUGAUUGCAGAGAACACUUGGGAUAAUCAAUGGAUAGAAAUGAAUGGGAUCUUCCAUAGAAUGGUCAUUUUACAUAUCCCACUCUUGUACACACCAGGGAUUGAUAACCGGAAACAUCCGUUAAAUUCAGUUGGUGAACAAGAUUGGUUUAAGAAUAUUCUCCCUAAUGAAGAUUACAAUUAUAAAUUUGAUCCAAGAUUUAUUUCUCAAAAGAUUUGGGAUUCUGUUUGCAAGUUGAUUGAACAAAAGUCAAAUAGAAAUCUUUUAAAUGGAAUUUGGAAGGAUAAGUUACAUUCGACAAAGAAUCCAUUCUUACAAAUCAUAUUCUUACUGAAGAUAUUACCUCAAAAAAUCUUUAUAGCCUUAGUUAAAGAUAUAGAUAAGAUAUAUUCAAGAUUUACUUAUUAA